AUGCAGUGCGCCCUCCCCACCGCGGCCCGGUGCGGCUCCCAGCAUGCAGUGCGGCUCCCCCCCCUCAGGCGGAACUCCCAGCAUGCAGCGCGCUCUGGUGCCGAGGUAGCGGCCCGUGGGACUCCAUGUCCCAGCAGGCACCGCGGCUCCCGCCGUGCAUCGCGGCCGCCGUGCAUCGCGGCCACCGCGCUCCCAGCAUGCACCGCGCGCCAGAGGGCCCGUGACGCCCCGCGGCCGCGCUGCGAUUCCCCCUCCGGCCGCCAGGGCGGCUCGCUGGUCCCGGCUUCCGGGGACGCUCUAGCCCGGGACUCGCUGCCCCGCGCGCCCUUCCGCUUCCGGUCUGCGCGAGCGAACGAGGCCGAGUCCUGCUGCGUGAGGCGCCGCCAUCGCCGCGAUGCCGACGGGGGACUACGAGGCGCGGGGGGGGCCCGGGGGUCUCUGACUCUCUGUCUCCGCAGCGCGAAGCCCAGCUGGGCCGACCAGGUGGAGGAGGAGGGCGAUGACGACAAAUGCAUCACCAGCGAGCUGCUGAAGGACCUUCCCCUGAAAGACCUUCCCCUGAGCGGGGGGCUGAAGGACACCCCCUCGAACGGGGGGCUGAAAGACACCCCCCUGAGCGGGGACCUGAGCGCAGAUGUUGAGCUGCUGAAAGGAGGUCCCCUCCCAUCCCCAAAAGAGCUCAUCAACGGGAACAUCAAAACCAUCACCGAGUACCGGGAGGAGGAGGAUGGGCGCAAGGUGAAGAUCAUCCGCACCUUCCGAAUUGAGACCAGGAAGGCCUCCAAGGCUGUGGCGCGGCGGAAGAACUGGAAGAAAUUUGGCAACUCUGAGUUUGACGCUCCGGGCCCCAACGUGGCCACGACCACGGUGAGCGAUGACGUCUUCAUGACCUUCAUCACCAGCAAGGAGGACCUGAACUGCCAGGAGGAGGAGGACCCCAUGAACAAGCUGAAGGGGCAGAAGAUCGUGUCGUGCCGGAUCUGCAAGGGCGACCACUGGACGACGCGCUGCCCCUACAAGGACACGCUGGGCCCCAUGCAGAAGGAGCUGGCUGAGCAGCUGGGCCUGUCCACAGGCGAGAAGGAGAAGCUUCCAGGAGAACCGGAGCCGGUCCAGGCCCAGCAGAGCAAGACGGGGAAGUACGUCCCGCCCAGCCUGCGGGACGGAGCCAGCCGCCGCGGGGAGUCCAUGCAGCCCAACCGCCGGGCCGAUGACAACGCCACCAUCCGGGUCACCAACCUGUCGGAGGACACGCGGGAGACCGACCUGCAGGAGCUGUUCCGCCCCUUCGGCUCCAUCUCCAGGAUCUACCUGGCCAAGGACAAGACCACGGGGCAGUCCAAGGGCUUCGCCUUCAUCAGCUUCCACCGGCGCGAGGACGCUGCCCGCGCCAUCGCCGGCGUCUCCGGCUUCGGCUACGACCACCUCAUCCUCAACGUGGAGUGGGCCAAACCCUCCACCAACUGAGGCCGGCGCCCGGCCUGCUGCUGCGCCAGGAGCGGCUCAUGCUGUUGGGAGACUUGGUCGUUAAUAAAGGUUCACCCCAGC